CAGGUUCGAGGUACACGGUGGCUUCUUGGACUCCUGUUGGAUACAUUUGCCUAGGGAGCGGUCUUUAGCGCAGGCGCCAAAGAGGCAGGCGCGUGAGCAAAGCAGGGUUCUUGCAGGGCAAAACCAGAGCUGGCUGUGAGGAGCGGGGAGGAGCUGGCUGGAGCCAGCUGGCACCUCCCCCACCAAGGCCCCAUGGUUUGACAUCCCGAAACAUCGAGGAAUCUGUUCAGAACAGAUCCGGGGUCUAGCCCAAAAGGCCCAGGUGCCAUGACACACUGCCAUAAGACUGAGUUGGUGCCGACUCAGUUCAUUUCCCCAGACGCUCCGUGUGUUUCGCGCCCUCAAACCCGGUCCCUCCUGAUUGGAUCGACCGGAACCAAAACCCCUGACCCGAGGAUUCGGGACCCAUCUCCAAAGGAUUCCGGGCUCAACGGGUCGUGUUUCUGUCCUUUUUCCCAUUCGGCCUCCACCGCUUCGGUUCGGUACGACUGGAGGUGUAGAGGGUUUUGUUUUGUUUUGUUUCGUUUGAUUCUCAGAGGCCCAGCGGUUUUCGACGUCCGAAUCCGCCUGUGGCCUGUUUGGCCCGCCCGCGGUCGAAGGACCGGGACGACGCGAAGUCGUGAGGAUCGGCUGGAGAAAGUGCAUGACUACACCAUGAAAUGCCAGAACAUGGAGGAGGAGCUGGUGGGUCCGCGGCCGGAAUGGGGGCAUGUGGCAGACGCUGCCAAGCUGAUGGAGAACUCCGUUUCCGCGCGCAUCAACAAGGUGGUCCGGAGCAGCGGCGAUCUUUCGGCUGCCUGUGAUAAGGUCUUGCACCUCAUUGGGAGUCCCACCGAGAAAGGCGUGGGCGCGGAGGUUCACGGCGUGGUGAAGAGCUUGGACGAUGCCUCGCAUCGGUUGCACGACCUCACCUUUGGCCACCAUGAAGAGGAAGUUACUCAGGCUGUCCUGCCCUUGUUGGAUCUUCCAAGGCUGAGAUCAGGCCGGCGAAGGUCUGACGUUGUCCAUGGGUUCCUUUGAGGGUGUCGCAUCCGUCCACAUGGACCUGUCGUGGAUGUUCAAGCAGCAAGCCGUCAGGACCCAUUUUCAUAGGGUCAGGACCCAUGUUCUAAACUACUUGAAGUCGGGUCCAGGUAACCGCCGAAAUAACAUGACCCAGACACGGACUGGCAGUCCGGACGACCGAUCGGGCCAGGGGGUGGGAAAGGGAUUUUCCUCAGGC